AUGAUGUUGUCCGGCAUGGACAAGACCAAGGCCGUUCUCCAAGAAAAGGCCGAGAAGGUGACAGCUCAGCACCCAGCAGAGAAGGACAUGGCGGAACAAAGGAAAGAAGAGAAAAUCCGAGAAGCCGUGGUCAACAAGCGACAAGCCAUGGACCACAACGCCACGGCCAAGGAGCAGGUCGUGCCGGCCACGCCACGGGCAAGCGGUCUGAACGCCGGACGUCCACCAGACCCGAACCGCCAUCCUCGGCGUUCGCGGGUCAGCGGUCACGUGACAGAGGGCGCGUUUCAGUCGCGCCCAUCCGGCGCGGAGACCGGCACGGCGAGGCCCGCUCUUGCGGCGCACGAUCCUAACGUCGAAGGAACCGAGCCGGCUCUGCGCGGAACCGGAGGCCGUUAUACUUGAUGGAAGAUUAAUUAAUUGUUAGCGGGGGCUUUUUCAGAAUUUGUUUUGUGUUUGAAAAGUUUAGGGUUUUGUUGUGAGUUUGUUUUGAUGCUUGUGAUCGAUUUCAUGGUUAAGGUUGUAAAUCGCGAGUAAAUGGACACCAUAAUUAUGUUUUUUUUUUCUGGA